ACAGUCUUUUGUGAGAAAUUCAUUCUUUAGCUUAAUUAAGCAUAAAAGACUAUAGCCCCCAUCCCCCCUGAUAGGGGGGUCUGGGGGGCGAAGCCCGCCAGUUACAUAGCUAGAGAUAGAUGUAGAGAGCGACGAUUUUGUCAGAGGAAAAAGUUAUUUGGCAUGCAAAAACGCGUCGAUUGAGCCUACUUUCAUCGAAAUCAGAGAUGAGGCCGCUAAACUGGAUAAUUACCUUUAUUUUUAUUUAAACAGUCCUGUUCAAUAAGCAACACAUUUUUCAAAAUAAAAAUGCUGCUAACAAAAGCCAAAUCACAAGAAGCAUGUAUUGUUUCUAGCAAAACAAUCACCGCCAGUUCUACAAGACUUUUGCAAAUUGGCCUUGGAUUAUCUGCAGAAGGGCAGAUGUUAAAGUGUACAGUGCUGCUGCUUGUGAGUAGUUGAUUGUUGCUACUUUCAAAACGUGACGCAGACUGACAAUCUCAACAUAUCAUGCACUAAAGUUAUUAGAAUUUUCUAAACAGAAGCUGAACAUUGAAUUGGUGUAAUUAAAAAUUCAGUUGAGGUUUGGUUAAUCUCUUGCUGGAAGCAAGCAAGCAAGCACAAGUUAAACAGAAGACUUGAGAUUCUCCUCUUCUUACAUCUCUGGCGCGAUCCCAAGCGCAUAUCGAGUUAUAAAGGGAUAACCAUGGAUCUCGAUUAUUACAUACGGAAGACCCGGGGAUCGUCUUAAGGAAGAAAGAAAGGAAGAAGGAAGGUGGAUAAUUGAUAGAGGGCGAUCUCCCGUUCCCCGCUUCUGUUCACCGUGAUAAUCCAUUCGUGUCUCCGAGGCGAACGAACGGAGACUACGGCAACGAUCGUAAUAAGAGGGUUAUACCAAGUCGGCGGGCAUGUCAUGAUCAUAACGAGCAUUCCUACGAUUUUAUUACGAAACUCAGAAUACCGUAGCAGUCGACUUUCUAUCAGCAUGGUCGUAAGAUCGCGCAGAUCACGCGUUGCGCUUCGAUCUAAGAGCGACGUGUUCGAUAAAGCGUAGACGAGCGUCUUGAUUAAAUCAGGUAAUACGACGAUACUCCGACUAGUCUACAUGUCAUUUAGAACGACGCGGAUACAAACCGCGCCGAUAUUUCCACGAGCAAUGAGAUUUAUAAUAACAAUAACAAUAAACUAAAGAGCGUUCGUCGUCAAUCGAGUUAUGUUAAUAUUUCAAUAUGCUUCUCGCGCCGGUAAUUAGCUUUCUCAGUGUCCAAGGCAAGAUUAAAUCGCACAUUGCUUUAACUUCCGCGUUCCUUUUGCGACUGUAUCGUCCGCUUUAUGUAAUUCAAGUCCUGCAGUUGUAUAAAAGUGUCUUUAUGGGCGGUAAAAGUGCGAAAAAAAGAAGAGAAGUUGUCUCUCCGUGGAUAAUAUAUUUCGUCUCACUUCGGAGAAAGUACAAGAAAACAUCCUUUGCAUUCGCUUCGCAGGCUCUUUCUCGCGAAUGGCGUCUGUAUGACGGUUUCGAUAUUAUCAGCUUAAUCGCCCAGAGUGGAUUCUCCUAUAUCGAAAAAUUGUUUUCCGACGAACCGGUCGCGGUCACUUUCGCACGUACGUAGAAAGUGCCGCGCUUGAUCCCGCGCGAAUUGAUCGUUGACGCGAGAUGACGAACUCGGCGCGAACGACGUUUAAUGAUGUAUGUAAAUAUAUAGUUCAACGUCUUCGCGUUUUUCUCGGCUCUAACAGCGAGCGGACGUCGCGAAGUUGGAAAGGAGGAUGGAUAGUUGCAUAUAUAAUAUCGUGUAACAUCCAUACGACGUGUCUGUUGCGUGGUCGUGAGGUCGCAGGAGCACAGAAGUCGAGAAUAUCCUCGUGAGCGAAACUGGCGAAACGCAAAAAGGACGAACAGGAAUACGGACGCUGAUGGAAGUCCGCGUAGAGAUCGGCGCCAACUCUUCGUCGACGAACUAUCGUUCGCACCUGAACGAGCGCUAUUGUUGGGAUAGGAUCAUGGCUGUGAAAGAGUGGUUCAGGAGGCUGCAGCCGGUCCAGCUGUACCUGGUGCUGUUCUUCACCAUGACUUUCUUCUUGAUCGAGAUCAUCGCCAGUCACGUGACCCAUUCGCUGACCUUGCUCCUCAACGCGUACCACAUGCUCUGCAACAUUGUGGCGCUAGUCGGAUGCAUCGCUUCGAUCAAGUACACCUAUCGGGAGAAGUACAACAGUAAUAGUAGCUCACUGAGGAACUCGGUCAUCUGCAUCAAUGGCGAGGAACAAGGCUCCGUCACGUCGUUGUCGACGAAGACGAAGGAAUCAUCGUCAGACAGGCGAAUGAAGAACACCUUCGGAUGGGCCAGAAUCGACAUCGUCACUAUGCUCGUUUGCUUCGUCUUCCUCGCCUCCUUUUGUUUCUCUAUACUGAUGGAGGCCUUGCAGACGCUUGUGCAUAUCGAUCAUUUGGACGAGAUGCACCACCCUUUGGCAGUAUUAUGCAUCGGCGCUUCCGGUAUUCUUCUGAACGCCUUCUGCUACAUCUUGAUCGGCGGGUUCACGUUCAAUCAGGGCAUCUUCCUGCACGUCACCAAAAGCGGAGAUGUGAUACUACGCAGAAAUGUGAGUUCACAAGAGGCGAAAGAGGGCGAGCAACAAUUGUCAGCGCAAACCAGACGAAGUCCGUUGGCGAUACCGAAGAGCCAAGGUUUUCGAGAAACAUGUCGCGACAUUUUCGGCUGCGUCUUUGUUAUAUUGGUGUCGAUCUUGGUUUACUUCACCGACUCCGGAGUAGCCAAGUACAUUGACCCGGUCUUUGCCAUUAUUUCGUCGGUCUUCUUGAUUGUUUUGUGUUACCCAUACAUGAAGGAAUCAGGCUUAAUUCUGCUGCAAACAAUUCCAAAUCAUAUAAACAUUGAUUCUCUCAAGAGAAAAUUGUUGGAAGCUUUCCCGGGCAUCGUAAACGUUCACGAUCUACACGUCUGGCAAUUAGCAGGGGAUAAAAUAAUCUCCACUGCACAUAUUAUAUUCUUAGAUCCGAAGGUUUACGCCAGCAUCAAAGAUCAAGUUACUGCCUUUUUCGUCGAAAUGGGUAUUACUCAGGUUACAGUCCAGCCGGAGUUUCACAAGAUGAAGCCGCAUAUGGAGAGAACUGAUUGUUUGAUUCGUUGUCACGGCGAGCACUGCAGUUAUUCGCAGUGUUGCUCGCGCGAGAACUUUCUGGAGGAGAAAGACGCGCAUGCGAUCAGCAGAAGAUACGAGAAAAAGGAGAUAAUACCGGCUUCGUCGACAAUCAAUCUGGAGAGAUUCACCGCCUACAAGGAAGAAAUCCCAGAGCAGUUUACGACGAGACUCGAGGUACCGACGCACGGUUCGUCGUGUGAUGAGAACACGUUCUGCUCGACUGACCAAGAAAAAAACCAAAGUACUCGAGACAUCGGUACUGAUGAUAGUUCCUGUGAGAUAAAUGAUAAUAGUACUGAUCGGACUCUUGCAAUCGUCGACAGCAAUCUGGGUCAUAACGUCGUAUCUUAAUUGUCUCUCGUUAAUUGUUAGGACAAAAUAGUUUCCUAUUGAGGCCGGAAACGGUUAAUGCAAGAUUCGACGUGAAGACUGUAAGCUAGUAUUAAGUAUUACGAUACCUGUACAUAUAUAUAAAUAGCGAAAUUCGUUCCAAUAGAGGAAUUAGAGUGAUUAACGACUGACGACUUUCCGAGAAAUAACGUGCACCGCUUAUUAGACAAGCGCGACAUUAACUUCGUGCAAGAGUUUACAAUCUCUCUGAUACAAUGGAACACUCUUCACAAAGGGAAAAUCGUAGAGAACUCUCCAAUCAAUAUAGAUAUUUUCUCAUUACGUUUUUCAGUGUAUUACGUGACUUCUUAUUAAUAGUCGUUUAUUUAUCAUUAAGUGAUUUCGCGACGCAUUAUUUUACUGUUUAAUUACUAUUCGUUAUGGUACAAACAAACGCUAUAUACCAGAAUUUUUAUGAGCGAUAUAGUUUCUUGCAAGGAUAAUCUCGUCAAGAAGAAACUGUCGUGUGAACGACUUCAGAGUCAUUUUCUCAGGUUCCGCAAUUUAAUGAGCGAUCUGCCAAAUAAACAUACAUCGUCUGACCGACAAACUUAACCAAAGCUCAGGAGAUAACACGUAUCACUUUUUACUGACGACAAUUUAGCGAUAAAAUUGGGGGCGUCAAAUCAACCUAUCGCACAGAUAGCACAUUGUUUAUAGCACCGUAUCUUGAGUCUGUUAGAAAAGAUAAUUGUUCAAAUAAUCGGAGAAUCAGUAAAUUCUGGACCUUAUGCAUGAUGUUACUUAGAAAUAUCACGGAGAAACGGAAACCGCGGCUUUGACAUAAUCUGCGUUUAUAUAUCACUCAGACUUAUUAUUACUAGGCAACUAUUACGAGGCGGAAAAAUCGAAACAGUUCUAACGCUUCUCGAUAAGGAAACAAUUAGUAAAACAUUAGCGCAUGAGAUAAACGUAACUAUGGCGUUUCAAUUAAAACUUGAGAAUCGCUAUUUAUUUAUUGACUUACAUUUUCAAUCGUUUUAUUAUUAACAUUCAAUUGAAAUGUAGUUUGAUAUAUUCUCUUCGUUACAGAAGAGAAUCACCUAUUGUCGCAAUAAAGUUAGAAGAGUUGCAAAGA